CUUCUCAGGAGUGCAACAAGGACGCAGGGGCAGCGCCCGAGAGGCUGAUGCGUCUUUAAACCGCUGCUGGCUGCUUAGUCACAGCCCCUCGCUUGGGUGUGUCCUCCCCUCGCUCCCUCCCUCUUAGGUCACUCUUUCAACCCUGAAUAAAACCUGCUGCCAACUUCCGAGGCGGCCUCAUUGCCCAGCGGCCCCCAGCCUCGGACAGGUCUGGUCCGCCUUCCUCUCCCCGUCCUCUCGUGUCCCCGCGCACCGGGACCCUCCAGCGCCACUCGCUCGCACUCUGGGUUCGCUGACACCAUGGACAAGUUCUGGUGGCGCGCAGCCUGGGGACUCUGCCUCGUGCAGCUGAGCCUGGCCCAGAUCGAUUUGAACAUCACAUGCCGGUAUGCAGGUGUGUUCCACGUGGAGAAAAAUGGACGCUACAGCAUCUCUCGGACAGAGGCAGCUGACCUCUGCAAGGCUUUCAACAGCACCCUACCCACCAUGGCCCAGAUGGAGCAGGCUCUCAGGAAAGGGUUUGAGACCUGCAGGUAUGGGUUCAUUGAAGGGCAUGUAGUGAUCCCCCGGAUCACCCCCAAUGCCAUCUGUGCCGCCAACAACACGGGAGUGUACAUCCUCACAUCCAACACCUCCCACUACGACACAUACUGCUUCAAUGCCUCAGCUCCUCUGGAUAAAGAAGAUUGUGCAUCAGUCACAGACCUGCCCAAUUCCUUUGCGGGCCAAGUUACCAUAACUAUUGUCAACCGUGAUGGCACCCGCUACAGCAAGAAAGGAGAAUACAGAACACACCAAGAAGACAUCAACCCCAACAGCACUAUUGAUGAUGAUGUGAGCGGUGGAUACCCUGGUGAAAGGAGCACUUCAGGAGGUUACAGCAUCUUCCACACUCACCUUCCAACCUCACACCCAACCCCUGAGGAGGCAAUCACUGAGGUCUACGGGAGUACCAUUACCUCAAACAGCCAUGCAGCAGAUCAGGAGCAAAAUGAUUGGAUAUGGUCCUGGUUUGGUAAUUCACAGCCUCAGACUCAGGCUCUUACGACAACAGCAACAACAGCUUUGAUGAGCGCUAGUGGUGCAGCUCUCACAACAGCAAACCAGAGGCAAGGAAUUCACAACUGGUUGUCAUGGUUGUUUCAACCAUCAGAGCCCAAGACUCUUCACACAAGAACAAAAAUGGCUGGUACGGAUUCAAAUACCAUGUCAACAGGCUGGGAGCCCAGUGAAGAUAACGAAGAGGACAGAGACAAACACCUCAGUUUUUCUGGAUCAGGCAUUGAUGAUGAUGAAGAUUUUAUCUCCAGUACCAUUUCAACCACUCCACGAGUUUCUGACCCCACAAAACAGCACCAGGACUGGAUCCAAUGGAAGCCAAGCCAUUCCAUCACAGAAGUACAGACAGCCACCAGGAUGACUGAGGUAGACAGAAAUGGCACCGGUGUUCAUGGAGAAAACUGGACCCAAGAUGCACAGCCCCCUCUCACUCACCAUGAGCAUCAGGAUGAAGAGGAGACCCCACAUCCUCCAAGCACAACUUGGGCAGCUCAUAGUAGCACAACAGAAGAAACAGCAGCUACCCAGAAAGAACAGUGGUUUGAGAGUGGAUGGCAUGGGGAAUAUCCCCACACACCCAGAGAAGACCCUGGUUCAACAGCAGGGACAACUGCCCACAACAGCCAUCCAAGUCCAAGAAUGACAACACAGAGUCAAGAGGACAUUUCCUGGACUGAGUUCUUCGACCCAGUCUCCCAUCCAAUGAGAAGAGGUCAUCAGACAGAAAAAACGAUGGAUGUGGACACCAGUCACAGUACAUCGAUUCAGCCUACUGCAGAUCCAAACACAGAUUUGGUGGAAGAUUUGGACAGGAUAAGACCUCUUUCAGUGACAACUCAGCAGAGUGAUUCUCAGAGCUUCUCUACAUCACACGGAGAACUGGAAGAAGAUAAAGACCAUCCAACAACUUCUACUCUGACAACUGGCAAUAGACAUCCUGCCAGAGGGGGCAGAAGAGGUGGAAAUCUGCCUGAGAACUCAACUACUUCACUGGAAAGUUAUACCCCUCCUUACUCAGACACAAAAGAAAAUGGGACCAUCAUCCCAGUGACCCCUGCUAAUACAGGGGCCUUUGGAGAAAUUGAAGUUACUGUUGUUGGAGAGCGUAACUCUGAUGUUGAUCACCCCUUACCAGGAGAUCAAGACUCAUCCAUAGACCCGGACAGGCACUCCCAUACCACUAGUGAUUCUAAAUCUGAUGGACACUCAAGUGGGACUCAAAGUGGGGCAAACACAACCUCUGCUCCUAUAAGGAGACCCCAGAUUCCAGAAUGGCUCAUCAUCUUGGCAUCUCUCUUGGCCCUGGCUUUGAUUUUAGCUGUUUGCAUCGCUGUCAACAGUCGGAGAAGAUGUGGGCAGAAGAAAAAGCUGGUGAUCAACAACGGCAAUGGAAAAGUGGAGGAUAGAAAGCCGAGUGGAAUCAACGGAGAGGCCAGCAAGUCUCAGGAAAUGGUACAUUUGGUGAAUAAGGAACCAUCAGAGACCCCUGACCAGUUUAUGACAGCUGAUGAGACACGGAACCUGCAAAAUGUGGACAUGAAAAUUGGGGUGUAAUAUCUACACCAUUAUCUUGGGAAAGAAACCACAGUUGAAAUACAGCCAUUACAGGGAGUUGGGACACUUAACAGAUGCAAUGUGCUACUGAUUGUUUUAUUGGGGAUCAUUUUUUUAGCAUAAAAUUUUCUAUUCCUUUUUGUUUUUGUGUUUUUUUUUUUUAAAAAAAGUCAAGUCCAGCUGAUAAAAACAGCAUUGCUUUCUGAAAGGAGAGCCCAACUAAUAAUCUGCAAGAAUUUGUUCCAGUUUCCACUUAGAGGUCUUUUAUCCCCUGGGGUAUGUAUGUUAUGAAUGGCUUGUAAAUGCCACAGAUAUGUGUUCCUCAUACUACUCAAGCCCCCGAGCCCCACCUGCCAGGUAACAGCCUAUUCUCCGGGGCCAAGAGGGGUUGGUUUCUGAGAGGAAAUUUGAAUGGGUCCGUAUUGCCUCUCCAGCAGCCUAAUCCCAGGUCAUUGAUUUCCAGUGGAGUAGGGGUUUGGGGUGUACUGGUUACACACUCCAUUUAGAAGACUCCCUGGAAAUUUUUGAGUUGCUUCUGGGAGACACCCAAAGGGUGCAGCUAUUUAUCUGUAGUAAGCUAUUUAUCUGUGUUUUUGAAAUAUUAAACCCGAGAGGUCCUUUGAUCAGUACAAUUUUUUUUCCAGGUUACUUUGUCAGAGGAACAAAAGGGUUUAAGCUAAUUCACAAUAAACACCUGUGCUUUUUCCAUUUUAA